GCGCAACUUACCACUUCUUUAAUCCACCCUUGCCGUCAACGUUAUUUACUGAGUGCUGCCCCGAAUCUUCUACCUCAAGCUCUCAAAACGUGUUCUUAUUUGUUAAUAUCCACCUAUAAGAUAACCGGUGGCCGCUACGAAUGCGUCCCAAACCCAAACCCCAAAAGAAAGAAAGCAAAUCUUACCAGAAAGCUUCAAUUUUUUUAGAAUAGAAUGGGAAGCUCCUCCUUCUCGGCGGGAUCCCGUGUCUCCACUGCCAGCAAGUGGCUGGGCUUCGUGGCUGCCGUGUGGAUCCAGUGUAUCUCCGGCAACAACUACACCUUCUCCAACUACUCCGACGCACUCAAGUCCCUCAUGCACCUCACUCAGGUGGAGCUCAACUCCCUCUCCGUCGCCAAAGACAUCGGAAAGGCAUUCGGCCUCGUCGCCGGCCUCGCCUCCGACCGCCUCCCCACGUGGUCCAUCCUCCUCAUAGGCUCCCUCGAAGGCCUCAUCGCAUACGGCGUCCAGUGGCUCGUCGUCAGCCAGAAAAUCCAACCCCUCCCUUACUGGCAGAUGUGUGUUUUCCUCUGCAUGGGAGGGAACAGCACCACGUGGAUGAACACUGCGGUGCUCGUCACGUGCAUACGCAACUUCCGGAGAAACCGUGGUCCCGUCUCCGGCAUUCUCAAGGGAUUUGUAGGGCUGAGCACCGCCAUCUUCACCAGUCUUUGCUCCGCUCUCUUCUCCGACGACCCUGCUGCCUUCCUCCUCAUGCUCGCUCUCAUCCCCCUCGCAGUUUGCGUCUCCGGAAUCUUCUUCCUCCAUGAGGUUCCGCCGGAGAAGUCGACCGCCGCCGCCGAUACAGAAGAGUCCAAGUACUUCGGCAUAUUCAACGCCGUGGCGGUCGUCGUCGCAGUUUACCUCUUGGCCUACGGGUUCAUCCCCAACCCUAGUACCUUGUUCUCUCGCGUGUUCACCGGAGUUUUGCUCGUUUUGCUGGCGGCGCCGUUGGCCAUUCCCAUUCACGCUUACUUCUCAGAGAAGCUAUUGAAACCGGUUCUGGACAUCGAGGGUCAGAACGGCCAGCGGGUGAACGAGCCUCUGCUUCAGAACGGCAACAGGGAGGAGGAAGCGGCGGCGGUGGCGGCUGCGGCGGCAGAGGAGGAGACGGCUGUGGUGAUUCUAGAGAAGGGAAGGGCGGCUAUCGGGGAGGAGCACACUAUAUCGGAGGUGCUGAGGAGCGUUGAUUUUUUGAUACUGUUUGUAUCGUUUCUGUGUGGGGUUGGAACAGGAAUGGCGGUUCAGAAUAAUAUGGGUCAAAUCGGUUUGGCCCUCGGGUACACCGACGUUUCUAUCUUUGUGUCUUUGACCAGCAUUUGGGGCUUCUUUGGAAGAAUCGUUUCGGGUUCGGUUUCGGAGCACUUCAUCAGGAAGGCUGCAACUCCUAGACCUCUUUGGAAUGCAGCAUCUCAGAUUCUGAUGGCUGUGGGUUACAUACUUCUGGCAAUGGCUAUGCCUGGUUCUCUCUAUAUUGGGUCUACUGUAGUUGGCAUAUGCUAUGGAGUGAGAAUGGCUAUUACAGUUCCAGCAGCCUCUGAGCUAUUUGGGCUCAAAUACUAUGGUCUCAUCUACAACAUUCUCAUCCUCAACCUUCCCCUUGGAUCUUUCCUCUUUUCGGGCCUGCUUGCCGGCAUACUCUACGAUAUGGAAGCCACCACCACUGCCGGAGGAGGCAACACCUGUGUGGGAGGCCACUGUUACAGGCUAGUCUUUGUAGUCAUGACUGCAGCAUGUGUAAUUGGUUUCUUCUUGGACAUUUGGAUGUCAUUCAGAACCAAGCAUGUUUACAAGAAGAUUUCCAUGAGCAGAAAGUCCAAGAAAUCUUCCUCGGUCACAUCAAGUAGCUAAUGAUAUCAGUGGUGGGGGAUUGAUGAGAAUUUUUCUCUGUGAUAUCCCAUUUCCACAUAGUUAACUCAUUGUUUUUGGUUUCAAAUAAGGAGGGCUAUUUGUUCAUCUCCAUUCUGAAGCACAUAAGCAUUCUAUUCCCUUGAUAGCAUCAGUGAUAUAAUUCAUUUGAUUCGAUUUUAAGAGAACAUUCAAAGAUUGUGCGGCUUGUUUGGUUGAUAAAUGUUGUGCUGUUAUUAGUUCUGUAAAAUGUGAACUGGUGUGGUGUAAUACUGUAAUGUCAGUUGUUGUUGUUGUCAUAUUCCUUAGCCAUUUGUAAUCAUUGUAACUGUAAGUUCGUUUAAGAGUAAUGAUAUAUUAGCUAUCCUCUUAA